ACAGACAGGCAACUUUUUUUUGAUAUAUAAUUAAUUUAGUGUAAAUUCAAAAUGAGGAUUAGCUGCAGGACUGCUGCAAUUCGUUUACGGAUUUGCUUGAAGCGACUCAUACGCAAUGGCUUCGUUAUGGGCGAGGCCGAGGGCUUGCGGCUGCUGAAGCGACAUCGCACAAAAAUCAAGCACUGGAUGCAUCCGCUGGCUGCGUGCGCGCUGAUUGCAGUUGUGCUGCUGUUUAUCUACUAUGAGAUGAUGUUUAUACUGCCCGAGCUGCUGGACGCAGCGGGAUUGAGCUACAAGCUGCACUGGCUGCUGCCCAUUUUCUUUGGCUUCAAUAUAUUUGGCAACAUGCUGAGCUGCCACCUGCGGCACUCCAAGUUUGUGCCACAGCAGCAGCAGCAGUUGGAACCAGCAGCUGCAGCCUUGUGGCAUUUAUGCACGCACUGUCAAGUGCUGGUGCCGCCCAGGGCGUGGCACUGCCGCUUGUGCAACUGCUGCAUACUAAAGCGCGAUCAUCAUUGCGUCUUCACCGGCUCCUGCAUUGGUCACAACAAUCAACGCUACUUCCUGGCGCUGCUGUUUCAUUUAUCCGCCAGCAGCUUAGUCUGUCUGAUCUACAAUGUGCUGCAUAUCAUUCACCAUCCCAUGUGGCAGAAUAGCCAAGUGAAUGCUGUGGCCAUGGCCUCGACGCUUGUGGGCAUGCCCUUUGAUGUGGAGACCAGCACGGAGUGGCUUGUGGUCAACAGCAGUGUCAUCAAGCUCAACAUAGCUGCGUUAACUCUCGCCGGCGUGCACUUUACUAUGCAAAAUCUUUUCAUCUGGCGUGGCGCCACCAUGUUCACCAUGCGGGAUCGCAGCUAUAGCCUGGGGCCACUUCGCAAUUUUCGUCUAGUGCUGGGCCGGCGCAUGUUCUGGGUGCUGCUAUCGCCAACAAUUUCCAGUCCGCUGCCGCACGAUGGCACCAAAUGGCAGCUGGCGAGCAAGCAGCUAGAGAUAGCUUAACACACACACAUAUGUAUAUUUAAUUUGCGCACGUAUAUUUAAUGCAUUCAACAAAAUUGAGUUUUUCACAUCAUUUAAUCCUACUAUGGCUCUCUCUACUGCCUGUGCUAAUUACCCGGAUUAGCAGUUGACCGUAGUUAUGUGUC